AUGUCCAGCUCGAUGCCAGCUACCAUGAAGGCAAUCAUAAUCAAUGGUAACAAGGCCAAGGUCGCCUCUGGAGUACCCCUGCCCAAGAUACGCCCAACCUAUGUUCUCACCAAGGUCGAUUCUAUUGCACUAAACCCUACGGACUGGAAGCACAUCUCUGGAAAGAGGGCUGCUCCAGACGGUAUUAGUGGUUGCGAUUUCUCUGGUACGAUUGUCGAGGUCGGUCCAGAAGUUACAAAGUCAUUCAAACCUGGAGACCGAGUUGCAGGGACUACUCAUGGAGCAAACCUCAGUCGUCCAGAGGAUGGCUGCUUUGCUGAAUAUGCUAUUGCAAAGGGUGAUCUGUUGGUCAAAUUACCAGACAGUCUCUCAUUCGAGGCAGCCGCUACCUUUCCACUAGGAGUAUCAACAGUUGGACAAGGACUGUUUCAGAAAGCGCUGAAACUCAACUUGCCAACUGACCCCGUCAAGGACAAUACUCCAGUACUUAUUUAUGGUGGUUCUACAGCUACAGGAAGUCUUGGAAUUCAAUUUGCUAAGGCAGCAGGAUACAAGGUUCUGACCACCUGCAGCCCUCACAACUUCGACUUCGUCAAAUCCCUCGGGGCAGACGCUGUCUACGACUAUCGUGAUUCAGAUUGUGCAAAAAAGAUCAACAAAGACACCAACGAUUCGCUCAAGCUAGCCUGGGAUACCAUCUCACUCGAGCCAUCGGCCAAGAUCUGCUCCGAAGCUCUGUCGUCUGAUUCCUCUGGAGCACGUUACGGCUCGAUCCUCCCAGUCAAAUUGCCAAGAGACGGUGUUGAAACCACCAUGACGUUCAUGUAUACAAUUUUCAACGAUCCGUUCGAGAAAGCCGGCCGACAGACUCCUGCUGUGCCUGAAGACUUUGAGUUUGCGAAGAAAUUCUUUGACAUCACUGAGAAGAUGUUGGCUGAAGGCAAACUGAAGACACAUCCUGAGCAGGUAGGACCAAAAGGUCUCGAAGGUGCCCUGCAAGGCAUGCAAGACCUGAAGAAUGACAAAGUCACGGGUAAGAAGCUGGUCUAUCGUGUUCGAGAAACACCUGAGGCCUCAAACGUUGAAGUUGAGCUAUAA